CUCUCUCUCUCUCGUCUUCUAUGGAAGAAGCUCAAGUGUUGGUUUAAUUUAUCAUCCUCUUCUCAUUAAAACCCUAAUUACUUUUUUCUUCAAUUUUUUCUUUCUCGAUACUUCGAUUUUGGUUAAAAAUAUGAGUCACGACGCUUCGAUUUCAACAAUCUUGUCUCUGUUAUUACUAGUUUCACACUUGGCUUCUGCUAAGAUUUUGUUGAUCGGGAAAAACACGUCUCUCUCUUUCGAUGACAUCGAAUCCAAUUUCACUCCGAUGAUUAAGAGAUCAGAUCAAGGAGGAGUGUUGUAUGUAGCAGAGCCGCUUGAUGCUUGUUCUGAUUUGGUUAAUACGGUGACUGUUGUAAAUGGAACAAGUGUUUCUCCACCGUAUGUGUUGAUCAUUCGCGGUGGCUGCAGUUUCGAAGAGAAGAUUAGGAAUGUUCAGAAGGCUGGAUAUAAAGCUGCUAUUGUUUAUGAUUAUGAAGAUUAUGGAUUCUUAGUAUCAAUGGCAGGAAACCCCUCUGGUGUACUUAUUUAUGGCACGUUUGUAUCUAAAGCAACUGGGGAAACACUUAAAGGGUAUGCGGGUCGUACUGAUUUUGAAGUAUGGCUUAUGCCAAGCUUCGAGACUUCAGCGUGGUCAAUCAUGGCUAUCUCUUUUAUAUCUCUCCUCGCCAUGUCUGCUGUGCUUGCCACUUGUUUCUUUGUACGUAGGCAUCGAGUUAGGCGCAGGCGUAUUCUGUCUCUUAGUGGUAGUGACUUUCCUCGUAUGGCUAAAAACUUGCUAAGACGUAUGCCUAUUACUAUAUUUAACGGUGUUUGCGAUGAAGCGUCUACUUCUAUCUCCUGCGCUAUAUGCAUUGAGGAUUAUCGCAUUGGAGACAAGUUAAGGAUCCUGCCUUGCCAUCACAAAUUUCAUGUUGGAUGUGUAGACUUGUGGCUUGGCCAAAGGAGAUCCUUUUGCCCGGUUUGCAAACGCGAUGCAAGAAGCAUCAGCAUCGAUAUGCCCGCAUCAGAGCACACACCCUUGCUUUCUCCUAGCAUGACCCCGACCUCAUCGUUUCUCUUAUCGUCACCUUCCACAACCCCAUUGCAGUCAUCUUAUGAGCUACCAAUAUCUAUCAGAGUAGACCCUUCUUCACCGUCCACCUCAAUGCAGCCACACACAGUACCUAUGUACCUCUCUCACUCUCGCUCCCACACAAGCUUCCAAAAUGGGUCAUACCGGCGUUCCCUGGCUAUACCAGUCAGCCGAAGUUCAGCAGAUCUGAGGAACGCCAUUUCCCAAAGAUCUUACAACUCACCCGGCCAGGGUUCUUUGCCUCGUUCCCUCCACUCAAGAUAUACGCACAUACUUAGCCCCGGAAAUGCAUCAAGGAGCUGGGUUGUUGGGUCGUUAACGAGCCAGCGCGAGUUUUCAGUUCUCCAAAACGACUCGCGCAGGUGUUUCGCUCACUUUUCGUCUGCGAGCUCUCUACCAGGCUGCUAAACCGCUAAAAAGGUAAAACCGUACUAACCAAAAGCUACGAUGCUGGGGCACAUUGCUUUGAAAAAGCAGUUAACUCCUCAAGGAAUGAGGAUGUUCCUCGGCUACGAUAUAACUCUAAUUCGUGACCAUGCUGAUUUUGGUAAACAAUAGAGUUGAAAGAGUGUUCAGUGUGAGUGAUAUUCUUCAGCUGUACAGUUGUGAAGAAUGAUGAAUGUGAGAGUGAGUUUGAAGAGUAAAGCAUGUUUUUGUGAUUCAUUAAACUAACCAUGGAGUGUGGGUAUAUAUAACUAGCAUAUCACUUUGGUUCUUCGUCUGUAUAUACUUCUGUUUCUCUUCCAACAGUUGAACCAUUUACGAAGAAAUUAUACCGCAUAUGAAAUA